AUGGAUGAUAUGAUGUCGGUCAAGACUCAACAAAGCUUCGCUUUCGUUUCUGUCAACGACUCUGGGCGGCCCAAACCGGCGGAUCGGAAACUGAUUCGGAAGCAUGUCAUGCAAGGCAAGAACAGGAGGAUAGGGGUCCGGCCAGUUCCCAGCGACAUAUCGCUAAGUAGCCUGGCAGCAUGUGGAGCGGAGCGAGCGACCUUGUUCCUGGGACUCCCGUCAAACCAGCACGUCUCUGCUCGGCCCAAUAUUCCCAAGAAGUUCUACGCGCAGGAGGAUGAUGAACAGGAGAAACCAGAAACACGACACCCAGCUGAAGCCCACCAUACGAUCCCACCACCGUGCCCCCCUGAUCUAUCCCUCGUAAGGCUGGCAGGCGAGGUCGACAGAUACUCUCAAAAGUUGAUAUUCAAAUAUAUGAACGCAGCCAGAGAUUCGAUGUAUCCAGUGGAACUUUGCGUUGACUUUGAUCUGAGUCGAAGCCUCUGGUUCCAGUGGGUCUUCAGUGACUUGGCUUACCUAUACUGUGUCCUGUUCGGGGCUUCAGCCAUGGAAGACUACAUGAUGAACGAGUCUUCGUCGAGCUUGACGUUGUCUCAUCUGAGAAGCACAAUCAAGAACCUCAACGCGAAUCUUUCCGAUACCGUGCUGUCCCAAUGUGACUCUACCGUCGCUGUAAUCAUUACUCUGGCGAUGGUGGCUGGGAUGUUUGAUGAUCAAGCUAGUGCUCUAGCCCAUGUCGCUGGGCUCAAGCGUAUAGUCCAACUCCGAGGUGGGCUUGAUGGGUUUCGCCACAAUGCCAAGCUGCAUAUCAAAAUCGGGCGCGUGGAUCUUGCUUACUCACUCACCACUGGGGAGAAUCCAUUGUUCUUCAAUAGCCCUAUUUCAUUGAAUCCAAUAUUUGACACGACUGGGGUAUCCAAUGGAGCUCCAGAAUACAGCCCUGCAGCCGUCGGCAUCCGAGAUCAACGACUCGCCAACGUAUUUCAAGACCUCCAGUACUACAGUCGGGUUAUGAACGAAGCAAGCAUGACCAAGCAUAAGAGGCGGGAGGCGGAGUUCCAGAGCGUAAUCUGCUCCAUACAGUACCGUCUCAUCCAGCUCCAGGGCGCAAUUGAAAACAUACUGGAUGAGUGCCUGCGCUUAGCAAUGCUAGCUUUCCUGAGCACGACGUUCCAAGUUUCAGGAAAGAGCUUUCAGUACCCCUAUCUGGCCAAGAGAUUUUGCGAAUGCUGCCUUGCUAUUGAAGCCGCCAGACAACCUGCUCGAGACCUGAUGCUCUGGCUAUUAACUGUUGGGGCAAUUGCUCUCUAUGGAACCAACGAACUAUGGUUGCAGCAACGCUGGAUAGACGACGUACCAGAAAUUGACUGGGGUGAGGCCAGAAGACGACUCAAGAACGUUAUCUGGCUAGAUGCAUUUCAUGACAAGCCUGGACAGCGCGUGUUCGAAACUAUGAGUUGUUUCAAAAGGCAGAAGAAUCCCCCUGAAGCACCAGCAAACGUGGCAACAGAUAAACUGCAUGUCAAGAGAUCAAUGUGA